AUGACCGUCACGUACACCGCCCGCGUGGCCAACGCGCGCUUCGGCGGCUUCUCGCAGCUGCUGCUACUGUGGCGCGGGAGCAUCUACAAACUGCUGUGGCGCGAGCUGGUCUGUUUCCUCGGGCUCUACAUGGCGCUGAGCGCCACCUAUCGCUUCGUGCUGACCGACGAGCAAAAGCGCUACUUUGAGAAGCUCGUCAUUUACUGCGACCAGUACGCCAGUCUCAUCCCCGUCUCUUUCGUGCUCGGCUUCUACGUGACGCUGGUGUUGCACCGCUGGUGGGACCAGUACCUAUGCAUGCCGCUGCCGGACGCGCUCAUGUGCGUGGUGGCGGGCACCGUGCACGGGCGCGACGAACGCGGCCGCCUCUACCGGCGCACGCUCAUGCGCUAUGCAGGGCUCUCGGCCGUGCUGAUCCUGCGCUCCGUCAGCACCGCGGUCUUCAAACGCUUCCCCACCAUAGACCACGUGGUGGAGGCGGGAUUUAUGACCCGCGAAGAGCGCAAGAAGUUCGAGAACUUGAACUCGCCCUACAACAAGUAUUGGGUCCCCUUCGUCUGGUUUUCCAACCUGGCUGCACAGGCCCGGCGUGAGGGCAGAAUCCGCGACAACAGCGCCCUUAAGCUGCUGCUGGAGGAGCUGACUGCGUUUCGGGGCAAGUGUGGGAUGCUCUUUCACUACGACUGGAUCAGCGUACCCCUCGUCUACACCCAGGUGGUGACUAUCGCAGUGUACAGCUACUUCCUGGCCUGCCUCAUCGGGCGCCAGUUCCUGGACCCUGCGCAGGGCUACAAAGACCACAACCUGGACCUGUGCGUGCCCAUCUUCACCCUGCUGCAGUUCUUCUUCUACGCUGGCUGGCUCAAGGUAGCCGAACAGCUCAUCAACCCCUUCGGAGAGGAUGAUGACGACUUUGAGACCAACUUUCUGAUCGACCGCAACUUCCAGGUGUCGAUGCUGGCCGUGGAUGAGAUGUACGACGACCUGGCCAUGCUAGAGAAAGACCUGUACUGGGAUGCGGCCGAGGCUCGCGCCCCCUACACAGCGGCCACCGCCUUCCUGCUGCAGCAGCCCUCCUUCCAGGGCUCCACCUUCGACAUCACGCUGGCCAAGGAGGACAUGCAGUUCCAGCGGCUGGAUGGCGUGGACGGGCCGCUGGGCGAGGCGCACGGCGACUUCCUGCAGCGCCUCCUGCCGGUGGGCGCGGGCAUGGCCGCAGGGGGCCUGCUGGGCCGGCGCCUGUCCCUGCUGCGCCGCAAGAACAGCUGCGUGUCCGAGGCAUCCACCGCGCCCAGCUGCGCGUGCGCCGGCGCCCCCGAGGGCGCGGCCCCGGAGUGCGGCUGCGGGGACCCGCUGCUCGACUCCGGCCUGCGGGAGCCCGAGGCCGAACCCCCCGCCGGCCCCGAGCCGCCCGCCGCCGAGCCCUUCACCACGGUGCCCAUGCCCGCGCCCCGGGGGCCGGCUCCGCCCUGGCUGCCCAGCCCCAUUGGCGAGGAGGAAGAGAGUCUAGCCUGAGACCCUCGAGCCCGGGAUCCCCAAGGACAGGGACCCAAGCCCCCACACCGCCCGCAGGCAGCUCUCCGCGUCUACGUGAGCCGCG